AAUGUUUUCCAGAGAGGAUGUGCCAUAUUAUGUUCCCACAUUCCUGCAUUUUCAACUUUGACAUCUCAUAGGACAAUAUGUCUGAGGCCAAGUGUGCCUCUGAUGCCGAGUGAAGCCAGGCAGCCACUGACCAAAGCAGAAGGGGCAACUGCACAGCCACCCCCAGUGGUGCCAGAGACCUGGGAGUGCCCACCGAGGCAGGCCUGCCCAAGGGCAGUGGGGGCUGACUGGGUGGACUGUACACAGGCCAUCCCAAAGCUAAAGGCACUGCUUCAAAGGGAGGAUUUUCUGAAGAAGACUCCUGGGCUUCUGGCCUCAGAUCCACUGACUUGAUUCAGGGCAGAAUUCUGCAGAUUAUUUGUGGGAACGCCUUUAGUGUCCUGUACACUGUGAAACAAAGGCUCCCCACUUAAGAUGCCAUCUGACUUUUCCCUAAAGUUCCCAUUCCUUGCCUUCUGUUGUCCCAUAUGCACUUAUCCAGAUAAAGAAUUGUGGCUUUAGAGUUGAAAGGGACCAGAAAGUAGGGGCUGGCUGGUGAGAAGUGGACUCCCAGGACUCCCAGCUCUGUGCUCCACACACACAGGGGCUUGGUUACAGAGCAGGCUGGGCCCUGGGCUGGGAACCAGGUGCUGCACCUGGGGAGGUGGCAGCCUCCUGGGGAGCAAGAGGCAGUGCAGCCAGGACACAGGGCACUGAGGGAAGGUUGAACCCUGUGUCUCUGCCCUCCCUCGGCUCUGAUCCUGGCUCCAGCAGGAACGCACUGGUUAAGUCCCACCCAGCCAGCCUGUGCCCCACUACUCUGGGCGGGAAGAGGUCAGGGUGCUGCAGUGGAGGGGGCCAUAACCCUGGGCCUCUCUGUGGCGGGGCUCUCAGCUGUGUUCUGGCAGCCAAGAGUCCACCUCAGGGAUCCCUGCGCCCAAGAAGACCCACCUGUGUGCCCCGGCGCACCCAGGGCGCACGGAAGGGGAGCUUCAAGGAGAGAUCCACAGCGCAGGGAGCCCGCGAGGAGCCCCAGCUCUGGCUUUGCCGGGCGCUGUCGGACGCGCAGGGAGCGCGACAGGCACCGCGUGAGCGGGAGGCGGCGGGCGGUCGUCCCGCCCGUCGGACCACCCAGCGCGUGGGUCCCUCCUCCGUCCUCCGUCCUCCAUCCUCGCGCUCGGGUCAGAGGGUCACCGAGAACCCCGCGUGGCUCCCCUCGGCCGCUGCGCCUUGGCUGGGGCCUCCCCCGCGCCGGGAUUGGAUGCAAGCGAGCGGGGUGGGGGCUGGGGCGGGGGUCUCCAGAAGCCCAGGUCGCCAGCUCAGGAGGGGGCUAGCCUGCAGUGCAGACCCUGCUGGCCCGCGCCCGAAGGAGCUCGGCAGGACCUGGCGGGCAGGCGGGCAGCGCGGGGGAGGCGCGCCGCGAUGUUUGACAGCUCGCAGUAUCCCUACAACUGCUUCAAUUACGACGCCGACGACUACCCGAGCGGCAGCGCCGACGGGGAGAAGCGGCUCACGCGGCCCGCAUACAGCUACAUCGCGCUGAUCGCCAUGGCCAUUCAGCAGAGCCCCGCGGGCAGGGUGACCCUGUCCGGCAUCUACGACUUUAUCAUGCGCAAGUUCCCCUAUUACCGCGCCAACCAGCGCGCCUGGCAGAACUCCAUCCGCCACAACCUGUCCCUCAACAGCUGCUUCGUCAGGGUGAGCCCCGCUGCGCCGCGCGCCCCACGCGGGAGACUUCUCGGCCCUGACCCUGGGAGGGGGGUGAGGCAGCAGCCGCCGCUAAGUUCGUUCCCAGUCAGUGGGGCGGCCUCCACCUGCGCCGGGAGCGGCGCCGCCACCCGGGGACCGCGCGUGUGCCUCCCGGGCCUGCGGGCGCUCACCCCGCCCAAAGGGAGACCCACGGCGGACGCGGCGCGCUCGGGAGCCAGCCGGGCCCCGGGCCCCUGUCUCUCCGCGCAGGUGCCGCGGCCCGAGGGCCACGGGAAGGGCAAGGGUAGCUACUGGACGUUCGCCGGCGGCUGCGAGUCGCUGAGGGACCUCUUCGAGAACGGCAACUUCCGGCGCCGGCGCCGGCGCGGCUCCCCGCGCCCGGGGCCCCCAGCCCCUCCCGAGCCGGCCGACGCGCAGGGGUCCCCGACUCCGCGCCGCGCGCCGGCGCCGCCCGCCAGCUCCGCCGCCCCGGGGAAGGAGGAGCACAAGGACAUCAAGUUCAGCAUCGACUAUAUCCUCUCCGCCCCCGACCCCUUGCCGGGGCUCAAGUCGCCCCAGCGCGCGCAGGAGGGCAGAUACCCCCGGCUGGAAGCCCAGCAAAUGAGCCUCCACUUGUGGACCAUGUGAGGGGAAUGGAGGCUGUGUGUCCCUGUCCCGCAGGCUGGCAGCCGGCCGCUCUAGGGUCUCCUGGGUGAUUUCAGCCCCAGCUGGAGCCAAGAAAUUAGGUUUUCCUGCAUCCUACACACCAGCAGACAAACUGGGUGAGGAAACAGCCAGGGUGCAGGGAGCCAAGAAGUCGACCUGAAAGGUACCUUUCGGCUUUAUCCCCCCAGAAAAGCUCCCUGGCCUCCCGGCUGGGUUCCUGUUGACUUAGGGUCUGCUUUAGAUUCCCAAGUCAUCCUGCCAGAGGGAUAAAAACAUAGGCUCAGGGUCACACUCACUCAGAGUCAAGGUUGCAUUUCAUUCCUUGGUCAUUUGAGAGUUUGCUUCACAGAUGACCACGCCCCGGAAGCUGCUCAGUGUUUUACUGAGAUCUGCCCCAUGCUUCCCUAGAGCUAAAAGUAAUAAUAACAAUAAAGUGCAAAUGGUGAAGUCAGAUA